AUAAGGAAAUAGCAUCUGCUUCUUUUUAUAAUAUAUUGGCAAUAUAGGAGUACUCCUGUCCAAAGCAUUAAAAAACAAAAACCAAAAAGCUAAGCUCAUAGGGAGGAGAAGAAGAUCAAGAAGAUGAGCACCACCAUGAAAAUCGUGUCUCUAGCUAUGCUACUUGUUCUUCUUUUUUCUAGUGAUGUUGAAGGGUACGAGUCCGGCAACAGUUCGUUGUGCUGUAAUACACAUCCGAAAUUUGGAACCUGCAAAACUCCCCAAGACAAGAAGAGAUGCAAUAGUUGGUGUCUUAAAGGAUGUAACAACAAGAAAGGCGGUUUUUGCAAACCACUUCCUACUGGAGCAAAAUGCCAUUGUUACUGUUAACAAUAUGUUCUUACGAUUUGCGUUUGUGUCGAGUACAACUACAUUGUCAACGUAGAUCUAGAUUACAGUACAAAGGUAAAAAAUAAAGAGUUUAUUAUAGCUCUAUGUAAUGGGCUUAAUUUCCACCGAUGGAUCAAGCUCUAUUUUGGAUACCAAUUACAGUAAAACUAUUAUAAAUUAAUA